AUUUCGAAUCUCGAAGCGCAGGCCGCUCAAAUCGAAUCAGUUUGUGGAAAAAUCGCGCCGGAUACGGACACGUACGUGGGUUGCGGCGCAGAGUCCGGACAAUUGCAGGGGAUCGAACGGCCGGAAUCGGAAUAAUGACGAAAACGACUAAGCCCAAGGAGAAGGCGGCGGGGGGCGUGGGGGCGGCAGCGGGCGCGGGCUCGGGGGCCAAGGCGGGCGGCAGCCUGCUGACCAAUGCGGCGGACAGCAAGAUCCGUACGGCCAAGUCCAACAACAACAAGCGGCAGUCAGGACGAACAGCAGCGGCAGGAGCCACAGCAACAACAACAGCAACGGCUGCUGCUGCUGCAACAGGACCAAGUGCAGCGGCGAAAGAGACGGCACUAGCGAUCGCCGCGGAGCCGGCAGAGGGAGCGGCAGCGACGCCGACGGCGCAGCCCGCGGAGGCAGCGACGGCCGCCGCAGCGAAUUUAUCGACACUUGAGUCCGCGCGCUCGCAGGCUCACACUUCAGUUGUCAGCGAAACAGCAAGCCAAGCGGUAACCACACCAAACGCGUCGGCCACGGUUACAGCAACAGCAGCAGCAGCAACAGCAAUAGCAACAGCAGCAACAUUAAGCGACACAGCAGCAACAGCAACAGCAGUCGCCUCAAUCGCCGAGGAACCCAGUGCGCUAAACAACAAUAGCAAUCCUAAUCAGCCGGAGAGCGUCGCGAGUGAAAGUGUCCACCAGAAAGUGUCCACCAUUAAGUGCCUGCCCGAAAGUGUGCAGCAGAUCUACGAGCAGCAGCAGCAACAGUUCCUCACCCAGCAGCAGCAACAUCAGCAGCAGCAGCAACAGCAGCAGCAUCAACAGCAGCAGCAGCAGGAGCAGGAGCAACAUCAUCACCAGCAGGCAGUGCAGGAGCAACACCAGGCCAGUUGGCUGGCCUAUGACCUGAGCAGCGGUUCAGCGGCAGCAGCAGCGGCGGCAGCAGCGGCAGCCUCGCACCACCACCACCACCUCUUCGGCCACUUUCCCUAUCCGGGCAGCCAUCCUCCGGCCCAGCUGUACGAGCACUACGCCAGCACUACGGAUCCCAUCAUGCGGAACAACUUUGCGCUGUACAGCGUCUACGGCGGCGGCGGCGUGGGCGUGGGCAUGGCCAGCCACGAGCACUUGGUCGCGGCAGCAGCAGCUGCAGCGGCCCAGGGCACAACGCCCAACAUUGACGAGGUCAUCCAGGACACGCUGAAGGACGAGUGCUUCGAGGACGGGCACAGCAGCAACUACCAUGUGCUGACCUCCGUCUCCGAUCUGCACACCCUCAAGGAGGCCAGUCCCUAUGCCCUCACCCACGAGCAGCUGCACCAGCAGCAGCAGCAACUGCUGCACCAGCAACAGCAGCAACUCUACCACCAGCAGCAGCAGCAACAGCAGCAGCAGCAGCAGCAGCAGCAACAUCACCAGCAGCACCAUCACAACAACUCCACUAGUUCCGCUGGCGGGGAUUCGCCCUCGUCCUCGCACCCAUUGUCCACCCUGCAGAGAUUCACCCAGCUGACCAGCGCCAGCCAGCGGGACAGCCUCUCGCCGGAGAACGAGGCGUACUUUGUGGCCACCCAGCCAGCCAGCAGCUUGCAGAACAGCUCUGUCUAUGCUGGCUCCUUGCUCACCCAGACGGCCAAUGGCAUUCCCUACGGCAUGCAGUCGCCCAACCAGACCCAUGCCCACCUCCAGCAGCAACAUCACCACCAGCAGCAGCAGCAGCUGCAGCAACACCAGCAGCAACAACUGCAGCAGCAACAGCAGCAGCACCACCACCAGCAGCACCACCACAACUCCAGCAGCAGCAGCCCGGGGCCAGUGGGUCUGCACCACUCCAGCUCCUCGGCGGCCACGGCGGCGGCGGUGGCAGCGGCCACAGCGGCGGUCAAUGGACACAACAGCUCCCUGGAGGAUGGCUAUGGGUCGCCCAGGAGCAGCCACAGCGGCGGCGGCGGUGGGGGAGGCACUCUGCCCGGCUUCCAGCGCAUCGCAUCCGUCAGCAGUGGCUACGUGAGCGGCGUGGCCAAUGGCUCGGUCAGUGGCGCCGAACGCUACGCUCCAAUGAGCAAUUACCGCUGUCAGAACGAACCCUGGUUCGAUCAGGUGGGGGGCUACUCCUCGGGGGGCCAGGCGCAACUGGGCGUCGGAGUCGGACCCGGAGUGGUGACCAAUGUGAUACGGAACGGCAGGGCCAUCUCGGCGGCCAAUGCAGCAGCCGCCGCGGCUGUGGAUGGCAGCACUCCCGGAGCCUUCCUCUCCGCCUCGGCAUCCUUGUCAGCAAUGGCCGCUGAAUCAGGCGGGGAUUUCUAUAAGGCCAACUCAUUUAAUGUGGGCGGCGGUGGCCGUAGUAAGGCCAACCCGAGUGGUGCCCCCACCGCGCAGGCCUACUCCUCCUGUCCAGGCUCGAGUGCGACCUCGGCGACUUCGGCGGUGGCGUCGGGAACGGGAGCCACUGCAGCCACGACGCUCGACGAGCACGUUAGUCGCGCCAAUUCGAGACGCUUGAGCGCCUCCAAGAGGGCCGGACUAUCGUGCUCCAAUUGCCACACCACGCACACGUCCUUGUGGCGCCGCAAUCCCGCCGGAGAGCCCGUCUGCAACGCCUGCGGACUGUACUUCAAGCUCCACAAUGUCAACCGACCGCUGACCAUGAAAAAGGACACCAUUCAGAAACGCAAGCGCAAACCAAAGGGUUCCAAGAGCGAAAAGUCCAAGUCCAAGUUGAAGAACGCCCUGAACGCCACCAUGGAGAGCGGCUCCCUGGCGGCCAGCUGCCACAAUGUGGGCCUCGGCCUGGACAGCAGCCAGAUGGACGUGAACGAUGACAUGAAGCCACAGCUCGACAUGAAACCAUACAACUCAUACUCAUCGCAGUCGCAGCAGCAGUACAACCAGCAGCAGCAGCAGCAGCAGUUGCUGAUGGCUGACCAGCACUCAUCGGCGGCCAGCUCGCCACAUAGCAUGGGUUCCUCCUCAUUGUCGCCCUCAGCCACAUUGCAUCAGCCACAUCCUCAUCAGCAGCAGCAGCAGCAGCAGCAGCAGCUCUGCUCCGGACUGGACAUGUCGCCCAGCUCCAACUACCAAAUGUCGCCACUCAACAUGCAACAGCAGCAGCAGCAGCAGCAUCAGCAGCAAGCCUGCAGCAUGCAGCAUUCACCCAGCACGCCCACUUCCAUCUACAAUACUCCAUCGCCCACUCACCAGCUCCACAAUAACAACAACAACAAUAGCACGCUAUUCAAUAACAACAACAGCAGCAAUGAGAAUAACAGCAAACUUAUACAGAAAUAUCUACAAGCUCAGCAGCUGAGCAACAACAACAGCAGCAGCAGCGGCUCCACCAGCGACCACCAGCUGCUGGCCCACCUGCUGCCGAACUCGAUUACGGCAGCGGCAGCAGCAGCGGCGGUGGCAGCAGCGUCGGCGAUCAAGACGGAGGCGACGGCGGCGGUCCUGUCGCUCACCUCCCAGGCCAGCUGCUCCAGCUCGGGAUCGGCGGGACUUACGAUCACCUCAACACCGACCACGGCAUCGAGCGGAUUAUCGUCCCUGGGCCACAGCAGCCAUAUUAGCCUGCAGAAUCCGUAUCUGCAGCUGGGCCUGGGCCAGGCGAGAUCCUCGCCGCCCUACUACCUGACCGCGGGCGAGGAGGAUGACCAGCCGGCGCACAUCAAGCUGGAGGAGAUGGAGCAGCAGCAGGGGCAGCAGCAGCAACAUGGCGAGAUCAUGCUCAGCCGAUCGGCCUCCCUGGACGAGCACUACGAACUGGCCGCCUUCCAGAGGCACCAGCAGCAGCAGCAGCAGCAGCAACAGCAGCAGCAGCAACAUCUGCAGCAGCAGCAGCAACAGCAGGCAGCUGCCCUCUUGAGCCAGCAACAUGAGCAGCAUGUGACCAACUAUGCCAUGCACAAGUUCGGCGUGGAGCGGGAAACCGUGGUGAAGAUGGAGUAGAAGGAGGGGCCGCUGCUCCAGCCAUGACCAAAGAUUCUGUUGUUACAUAAAUCUCAUAGCUCCAAAGAAUUUAUAGCCUGUAUACCAAGAGAGCCGUUCUCAAAGAACGCUCGCCCAUCUAAAGCAUCAUUAGUUGUACAUACUGUGUAGUACGUUUUAGGCUUAAGUCGAUUGACAUUUCCAUUUACUUUUUCGGCAAACCCAUUCGAAAUUCUGUUGUUAUUGAAGUCUAGUUUAAUUCUUAGCAAAAUGCCAACAGCAUAAAAUCGAUUCAGACGCUAGGAUAAGACAUACAAACUUGUUAUCAAAUCGAAUACCUUUUGAGAUUUCCCACAAUCAAAUUCCACUUAGAUAUUAGCCACUAGUUUAAGUUAAGCCAGCAAAAAAUGACAAAACAAAAGAGAAAACCCCAAAAAAGAAAAACAAUCAAAGUAACCAAUAAUCUCAUGCAAUUUAGUUAGUAAUUUAUCUAUUUCUUACAACAUUAUCGAUAAAUAUUUAAAGCAAUUUAAGUUUUAGAAGCGUACAACUUUUUACAUCAUCUUUGCAAUAUUAAUUUUAUUUCUUUUGAGCGAAUAAAAGACAAUUGUCACUGAAAUUUUCCCAAA